UAGGAGGAUCCCGGGGAGGCGCUACCUCCCUUCCCUCCCCCUCCUGGCGGCUGAGGAGGCGCCUGAGAGCGGCUGCACCCUCCCCAGCCCCACUGCAGGGAGGAGGAGGAAGAGGAGGAGGAGCCGCCGCCUGCGGGGAAGAAAUAAACCACUAAUUAUGUGAAAAUGACUCCAGCAUCCUCCUAUAAUGGUUUUCAGCAUUGAAGGGUGACUGGGGGAUUUGUGGCACGGAGAAAAGAAUUUGAGAUUUGUUUCUUUUGCUUUAAGCGUUUUCCCUCUGGUAGAUGACGAUGCAUUUUUCCAGUCAGUUCCACUCUUGCUGCUCCCUGGGGGACACAGGCACAAAUCCAUAUGGAGGAUGAAACUCCUCCUUCUCAAGAAGUCAGUGCCAAGGUCUUGGAGGCAACGCUGUUGUCAGCCCUGAAGAUGCUGGACGUUGGGAAAUGGCCAAUUUUUUCUCUUUGUUCACAAGAAGAGCUCAAGUUAAUUCGUCAAGCCUGUGUGUUUGGCAGUGCUGGUAAUGAAGUGUUGUAUGCAACUGAAAAUGAUGAGGUUUUUGUGCUUGGCAUGAACUGCAGUGGGUGUUUGGGAACAGGAGACAUCCAAAGCACUAUUGAACCGAAGAGGUUAGAUUCUCUGUGUGGCAAAAAGAUUGCCUGUCUGAGUUAUGGAAGUGGUCCUCACGUUGUUCUUGCUACAGAAGACGGAGAAGUGUAUACAUGGGGUCAUAAUGCUUACAGCCAGCUGGGCAAUGGUACAACAAAUCAUGGUUUGGUUCCCUGUCAAGUCUCCACUAACUUGGUGAACAAGAAAGUCGUUGAAGUUGCUUGUGGCUCUCAUCAUUCUAUGGUGUUAACAUCUGAUGGAGAGGUAUACACAUGGGGUUAUAAUAACUCAGGCCAGGUUGGGUCUGGCUCAACAGCUAAUCAACCAAUUCCUCGAAGAGUUACCAGCUGCCUACAAAAUAAAAUAGUCGUUAACAUAGCCUGUGGGCAGAUGUGCUCCAUGGCUGUGGUGGAAAAUGGAGAGGUCUAUGUCUGGGGUUACAAUGGUAAUGGGCAGCUUGGACUGGGCAGCAGUGGUAAUCAGCCAACGCCAUGCCGAAUUGCAGCCUUGCAGGGCAUUCGUGUACAGAGGGUUGCCUGUGGCUGUGCACAUACGUUAGUGCUAACGGAUGAAGGUCAGAUUUAUGCCUGGGGAGCCAAUUCAUAUGGCCAGUUAGGUACUGGGAAUAAAAGUAACCAGUCUUACCCUACAACAGUUAUUGUGGAUAAGGACAGAGUUAUAGAGAUCGCAGCCUGCCACUCUGCUCACACUUCGGCUGCCAAGACCCAGAGUGGCCAGGUGUACAUGUGGGGCCAAUGCCGCGGCCAGUCUGUGGUCCUUCCCCACCUCACUCACUUUGCCUGCACUGACGAUGUGUUUGCUUGCUUUGCUACCCCUGCCGUUAUGUGGCGUCUUCUGUCAGUAGAGCCUGACGACCAUCUGACAGUAGCCCAGUCACUGAAGAAGGAAUUUGACAACCCUGAAACUUCAGACCUAAAGUUUCUAGUGGAUGGAAAAUAUAUCCAUGUCCAUAAGGUUCUUCUCAAAAUUAGGUGUGAACAUUUUCGUUCCGUACUGAAUAAUGAUGAUGAAAUUAUAGAAAUGAGUGAAUUUUCUUACCCUGUGUACCGAGCCUUCCUGGAAUACCUGUAUACAGACAGUAUUAGGCUCCCUCCUGAAGAUGCAAUAGGACUGCUAGAUUUGGCAACACUCUAUAGAGAAAACAGAUUGAAAAAGCUUUGCCAGCAAACAAUCAAACAAGGCAUUUGUGAAGAGAACGCGAUUGCUCUUCUUUCUGCCGCUGUCAAGUAUGAAGCUCAGGACUUGGAGGAAUUUUGCUUCAGAUUUUGCAUAAACCAUUUAACUGUUGUUACACAAACGCAAGGCUUUGCAGAAAUGGACCAUGAUCUCCUGAAAAACUUCAUUAGCAAAGCAAGCAGAGUGGGAGCAUUCCGAAACUGAGACCCGAGUACCACCAAGCUGAAGAGCACAUCCUCUUCCCUCCUGGAAAUACUUCUCCCUCGGAGAACUUAGCCGUGGUCAGAACGUGCAGAGGUGUGGAAAGGAAGACUUGGUGUCCACCAGCUUAGGAAGCGUCUCGAAGUCUGCUAACGCACAGCUUUUGGAAAGAUGACUUCCAGCACAGAUGUAUGGUGAGAGUUCAUUGCCAAGUCAGAAUUUGACAGCAAAAUCUAAUACAGUAACUUCCCUUUCCCACUUAAGCAAACUAAGCUGUCGUCUUGCCUAUUUUGAGUAUUUACUUUUUGUUUUUUUUAAACAACCUGUAUCUGGAUUUUAGGAGGCAGUGGCACGUUUGCUGCUGAGACUUCUGUAGUGUACUUUUAUCACCAGACUAAGUUGAUAUGCCAGAGCGGGCUUCUUUGUGCCUGGUUUACCAUCCAGUGAAGAUACAAACUUGUUUUUCCGAAUACAUGACAAAGUAACAUCGAUUUUGUUGAGAGGAGAGGCUUUCUGAUUGGUAGGAGGUUUUGUCUCGCUACAUGUUCAUUUGGAGCGUAAAUACUUAAAGCACGAAGAGCUUCAGCUGGCUAUCACACUCUAUAGUUCCUGGCAGUUAUGCCCAUCAUUCUAGACAAUGACAAAACUCUUCCUCUCCAUUACACCAAGCAUGUUCCCUGGCACCCCAGUGGGGCAGUAAACAUUCAAUAGUAUCAGUCUGGACAUGAAUUGCUGUUUUCUGAGUUUUCCUGAGCUCUCUGAAAAACAUCUGCUUGCUCCUUACUAAGAAAAAGAAACCUAAAUGAAAUGUCCAGGAAAGGGAAGUUCCACUUGAGGUUUGUUUAUUCUUGUCUUACUGCCUGUUUAUUCUUGUCUUACUUUACAAAAAGUGGAGAAGGAAGAUAAUUUUAAAGUGAAAAAAUAUCAGUCUUACAAUUAAAUCAUGGAAGUGAGACUCAGGCGCUUUUCCAUCUGGCAAUAGGGCACCUGGUCCAAAUACAUUGUCAUAGGUUCUCCGUUGGUCCCUCGGGGUGACCACGCCACGUGCGUUACGUGGCUAUUUUAGGUGAGAGGAGUUGCCCUCUGGACGUGCCUCUCAUAUCACUGACCAUCAAGGGUGACGGGAUGGCUCGUGUGGAGUAGGUACUGAAUUUCUGACUACAGUGAGCGAAGAUGAAAUCCCGCUUGGUGUUACGCAGAGGGGGGUUGCCCCUUUACGGAAGAUGCUGAGCUCGUGACGGAGUUACUUGAUUUUUUUUAACAGGCGACUGUAAAUUAAUGUUAAGAAAUUAGUUCUCUUAAAAGACCACGCAAAGUGGCUUUAAGGGCCUUUUGCAGGAUUUUACAAAUGCAGAAGGCCAGAAGCUGGCUGUCUAGGCUCAGUGCGCUGAUCUGUUGUGCAACCUUCACUCAGACCCUUGCUCUCACACAGAAGCCUUUGGUGACUUCUUAUCCUCACGUGUGGUUUCCAAGAACCACAUUUAAUUCCCUUAAGUAAGUGAUCUCAGCUUCAUUUCAUCACCUCUGAAGGGGAAAGAGCUGUCCUUCAUUAUGUCAGAUUAUUCUCAAGCAACCAUAUUCCUUGAGGAAGAGGGUGAGGAGAAGCAAGUCUGAAGAGAAGCGAAGGAGCGAGUGGUUCCUCUUUUCACAUCAGGCUGUGCGGCUGUGACUGGCUGGGUGAGGCGUGCAGUCAGCAAAAUUUACAUAGGAAGAGGGCUGGAAGCAAAGUAAUUUGGAAAAAUGCUCUGGUAAAAAAAAAAAAAAUCACUUCCGUUUUCAAACCAUCACUAGAAAGAUACUGGAGUAUCUACUGCUACCGCGCUUUUUUUUUCCGUCCCCUGAUCAAAAAACUUUGUCCAGCAGCAUAACUCCAUCCCUCAGCAGCUGUGCCACUGUUUUAUAUUCGAACAGAACUGGUCAAAACUUUCCAGUACAUAAUGCAGUUUCAUCAAAACCACAACUUCCCUCGGGGGGGAAGAUCUGUUUCAAUAAUACUGCGUUGAAAGGCACUUGGUGCAGGCAUACAGAUAAAACAGUAUUCAGAGGGGGCACAGCUUUACUGCAAACCUCGCGGGUUUUGGUUAAAACAUCUUUGCCCAGCAUUUAUGAUACCAAGAACACAGAUAUAAGGCAAUGCUGCGUGAGCCGAGGCUGGGGAACGCCAAACAUUUUGGCUGAGCCAGGAAUGGUUGGGGGGGGGGGUGAAGCCUUUGCCCCUUCACCCCAGGGCCCGAGACCUGCCUGGGAAGUUACGAAAUGGUGAGUAAAUUCAAAAAAUGUAUGCUACAACUCUCUCCAAAUACUCCCAUUGUUUUACUUAAUGAACCCUAACUGGCAAAAUGAAGUGUCCGGUUUAUUUAUUUAAUAUUCAACAUCUGAUCAAAUCCAUUCUCUGCUCAGCGACAAGCCUGGCUCCCUGGGGAUCCCGCUCCCCGGGGUUAGUGACACCCCUCUCCUGUGCUGGCCCAGGCUCAUAACGCAGUGGUUCGACAUCCCGAGAGCCCCAGACAGAAACUACCGCAGUCCUGAUGUUUUCCUAGCAAGGCAUUUUUUGGCUUAAUAGGACCAAUCGUGCCUUUGGUUGUUCUUGUGUGUUGUGUUGUUUCUUUUUCAAUUCAUUUUCCUUCUGCUCACCAUUUCCCACCUCCUGUACACAUUAAAGCUUAGCUGUAAUUUCAGAACAGCUGACAAGGCCUGUAAUUUUGAGAGUAAUCAUCUCCGGACUGAAAGAAGGGGAUUCUAAAGAUAUCGUAUGUCCGUGGCGGCUUUUAUUCAUGUAUCAUUUGACCUGGAUGCGACAGUAUUUUAUUCAUAGAGACGUUUAUUUAUUUGUUAACCGCCAUUUGCAUGCACUUUCCUUGGCACUUAAAGGUCAAUGUUUAAAGAAACAUACUGGCUUAAGUGGUUAAAGUUGGAUGCUUGUGCAUAAACGUGCUUGAAACCCAAUCAUGGGACGCUUUCGAAGAAAUUAAGGAUGCAUUUUACCUUUGUACGAUUGCCUGCAAAAAAGCUGACGUUGUGGGUCUUGCAGGUUAAGUACUUAAUAACGGGGUGGGGCUUGUUCUUUUUCUUGGGACACCACAAACAAAAAAAGGUAUUUGUUAUGUGAAAAUGUGGUCCAGCAUAAAACGUGCCUGGGGUUGAAAUAAAGAGAGAGCUUCAUCUUCUCAGAAAGGGAAACGCAGUGGAUCACUUUCUGAAUCAAGUGGAAUUUGGAAGAAAAGACAGGACAGGAACAGGAUCACUUCAAAGUUACGUUACUGAAAUUAAAGAGUUAGCAUUGCGAUGCCACUUAGUAGUUUUAUUAUAGCUGGUAACUCUGUAAAGUGCUGUUUUUAUGUUGUCUGAGGAAUUUCCAUGCGCUUUCCUUGUAAAACAAAGCAUGUAAUUACUCCAUGGAGACAGGACUCGCUGGGUACCACCUGAUGAUGUAGGAAGUUUACAGCCUGAACAUAAAAAUAUGUUUUGAUUACUCGUUUCUUAAUAAACCUGCCUGGUUUUAACAGACCAUUAAUAAAAGUACCAUAGUAUUUAAAG